AGCACUAGGGGAACUUGCGGCAAGUGGGACGGCUCCUUGGAGCGACUGCAGAGCUGAAAAGGCACAGCGCUCCUUGCUGGGGUUUCUAGAUCCUUUAUGGAACCUCCCCAGCAGAGAAAACAGAAAACUCCAGGGGUAAUCGCAGGCCCCUGCCUGAAGGGAGUGGGGCCCCCAGGAACCCUCCAGCUUAGCCUGACUGGGCUCCUUCAAGCUUUUCCUAGUAUCAUUCUCAUUUCCGGGCAUGUCAGGUCACUGCGGGUGUUGGUAUAAAAGUCCCAUCUACCCUCUCCUGAGUGAACCGAGCAGAGAAAGCUGUUUAACCUGUAUCUCUGUAUUUGAUGCCUCUCCUGCAUUCAAAGUGGUUCAGUACUCCAAGUCUAUCUGUGCUACUCUGAAACUGUCUGGAACGCCCCCCCCCCCGUUUGCCUUCCAGGCAAAUCUGUUUCUUUGAAGCAGGGUCGGGGAACUGUGGUAUUGUUUUUGUGGGGUCGUCUUUGUAUAAGAGAUGGACAUCUGUGAGUCUACCUCUAUGUAAGGCAUCUCUCUGGAGCCUCAUUCUGUUCGUCUGUAAAAUGGGACUAAGAGGGCCUCAGGAUUUGGGUCAGUUUGUAGAAGGCUUGCCUAGUAUGCAGAAAGCCUAGGGAUUUAUGUCCAGAUAAACUGAGUGGUGACAUGUUCCUGUGACCUCCAAACUCAGGAGGUAAGGCAGGAGGAUCAGAAAUGCAAUAUAAUUUUCUGCUACAUAGUACCCAGCCUGGGGUACCUGAGGCUUUUUUUUUUUAAAGUGUGUCCAAAACUUCUAUGAAGAGCAUGGUGAUGUGUGUGUGUCUUUAAUCCCAGCACUUGGGAGGCAGAAACAGUUGAAUAUCUGUAACUUUCAGGUCAGCCUGGUCAAUAUAGACCCAGGUCAGCAGGGCUGCAAAUGAAGACUGUCUCAAAAACAAUUUAUUUUAAAAUCUCAUUUACUUGUGUGUGUGUGUGUGUGUGUGUGUGUGUGUGUGUGUGUGUGUGUGUGUGGUGGAUGGGUGGGUGGGACUGUGAAUAUAUGUGUGCCACAAACACCAUGAACAUGGAGGUCUGAGGACAGCCUGUGAGGAUUGGGUUCUCUCUUUAUAUUGUGUGGGUUCCAGACUUGAGUGGGCACUCCCUUUCCCACUGAGCCAUCUUGCCAGGAACCUGUUUUUGUUUAUCUGUAAAUUGGAACUAAGUGAAGAAUUGCUGAGAGGAUUAAAGGGUAGGUGAUUUAAUGACAUGUGUGUCUCCGAGGACCUCUGACUCUGUGCAAGGAGUGACCAGGAUCAACAUUCUCCCGGGUGCUUUGAGGAAACACAUUUUCUUCUUUUGUUGUUCUUGUUUUGUUGUGUGUUUGGUGCUUUGUUUUUUGUUUUGUUUUGUUUUUUGUUUUUUUUUUGUUUUGUUUUUUUUUGUUUUUGUUUUUUUUUUUUUUUGAGACAGGGUUUCUCUGUGUGGUCCAAGCUGUCCUGGAACUCACUUUGUAGACCAGGUUGGCCUCGAACUCACAGAGAUCCACUUGCCUCUGCCUUCCAAGUUAAAGCCGUGCCCCACCGCUACCACCCAGCAACAUUUGAAAAAACAAAAACAAACAAACAAACAAACAAAAACAAGGAAAAGCCUAUGUAUUUCUCAUGUGCAGUAUGGGGCACUGGGCCCCAGGCUGGUUGUGGGUGGAGGUUGUGAAAUUGUGCUACUGGGCGUGAGACCAUUCUCAGGGCUGAGCCCCUGUGGUGGCUUCUGUCACUGUGAAAUGUUUCAUGCGGAAAUAAACUCUCAUGUUCCCCUGCAGUUUGGAAUGGGGAGGAAGCCAACGCUGAGGCUGGAGUUCAGGGUCACCUGAGCAUGUUAGUCUUCCACUGAGCUACAGGUCCCCAGCCAGGCCAGUGUGUCCAUGUCCUGUCCGUGUGGAACCCCCUUCCCUGUUUGGUGUCCCUAUCUGUGGUUGUCUUUACAGCGGCGAUUUUCUGAAUUCUCAUUUGUUUAUGGGUGUGUAUGCAUCUGGAUGUGUCUCUGCUUUUGUGUUACAAUAGUUCCUUUUGGUUUUAUUUGAUCUUGACCCAGAGUCUGGGAGCCCAAGCUGCCCUCAAACUUACUAUGUAGCUAAAGAUAAUCUUGAAGUCCUACCCCCCAUCUGGCAAUUGCUGGGGGACAGAUGUGCAUUAGAUGCCCAGCUUACACCUCCACCAACUUUCCAAUAGUCACCCUCUGUGCCGUUUCUAGAGUGCUGGAUUACAGUUCGCAUAUAGACCAGUGCACAAAUGCCAAGCAGAGGGGUUGAUCCCUUGGUGCUGAAGUUGCAGGCGGUUUUGAGUUGUCUGAUGUGGGUCCUGGGAGCUAAACCCGAGUCCUCUGGAAUAGUGGCAAGAGAUCUUAAUCGUUAAGGUAUCUCUCCAGGCUGAGGCUGGCUCUGAACGCCUGAACCUUUGCCUCUGCUGCCCAAAUGCUAGAAUUAUAGGCCUAAGCCACCAUGACUAUAGGCUGGUCCUUCCAGAUAGUCUCUGUGUGGAGUAUCUAUCUAUAUCCAGACAUUUCUCCUCCGUCCUAAACCCUCUCAAGACCUUAGGGGGCGCAGUGUUUGGGGACCCUCUUCCAGGGCUUUUCUUCAGGAUUCCUAGAUCCUGACUGUCCUUGCCUCCGUAGACUUUUGCACAGUGCUCCCGUGGACAUCUGGCAGGAUACAGCUGCGACAUCUCCGCGGCGGGCGGCGGGCAGCCCAUGGAGUCCGGGCUACUGCGGCCAGCGCCGGUGAGCGAGGUCAUCGUCCUUCACUACAACUACACUGGCAAGCUCCGGGGAGCGCGCUACCAGCCCGGUGCCGGCCUGCGUGCGGACGCCGCAGUGUGCUUGGCUGUGUGCGCUUUCAUCGUGCUGGAGAACCUGGCUGUGCUCUUGGUGCUGGGCCGCCAUCCUCGCUUCCAUGCACCCAUGUUCCUGCUCCUGGGUAGUCUUACCUUGUCGGACCUGCUCGCUGGGGCGGCCUACGCCACCAACAUCCUGCUGUCCGGGCCGCUCACAUUGCGCCUGUCGCCUGCGCUCUGGUUUGCGCGCGAAGGGGGUGUCUUCGUGGCGCUCGCAGCGUCGGUGCUGAGCCUCCUGGCCAUUGCUCUAGAGCGCCACCUUACCAUGGCCCGUCGUGGACCCGCGCCUGCCGCCAGUCGCGCUCGCACGCUGGCGAUGGCGGUGGCCGCCUGGGGCUUGUCGCUGCUGCUGGGGCUGCUGCCCGCGCUGGGCUGGAACUGCUUGGGACGCCUGGAAGCCUGCUCCACCGUGCUGCCGCUCUACGCCAAGGCCUAUGUGCUCUUCUGCGUGCUGGCCUUCCUGGGCAUCCUGGCUGCCAUCUGUGCGCUCUAUGCAAGGAUUUACUGUCAGGUGCGGGCCAACGCGCGUCGCCUGCGGGCCGGUCCUGGGUCCCGUAGGGCCACGUCCUCCUCGCGAUCCCGGCACACGCCACGGUCGUUGGCCCUGCUCCGCACGCUUAGCGUGGUGCUCCUGGCCUUCGUGGCCUGCUGGGGACCUCUAUUUCUCUUGCUAUUACUGGAUGUCGCGUGCCCAGCCCGCGCGUGUCCUGUGCUUCUGCAAGCCGAUCCCUUCCUGGGUCUAGCCAUGGCUAACUCGCUGCUGAAUCCUAUCAUCUACACCUUCACCAACCGAGACCUGCGCCACGCGCUCCUGAGGCUGCUCUGCUGUGGCCGCGGACCCUGCAACCAAGACUCCUCCAACAGUUUGCAGCGAUCCCCAAGUGCUGUUGGGCCUUCCGGUGGAGGCCUGCGACGCUGCCUGCCACCAACCCUGGAUCGCAGCUCUAGCCCAUCAGAACACUCGUGUCCCCAGCGGGACGGGAUGGACACCAGCUGCUCCACUGGCAGUCCCGGAGCAGCAACCGCCAACCGGACCCUGGUGCCUGAUGCUACAGACUGACGCUUCCCAACCUGCUGUCGCCCUUUGCAAGAGCAGACUGACUGUCCAAAUAAGCGCAUCAUCUGUAGGAAAUAGCCAAUAACAGAGGGGACAUACAAGAAAGAAGGGAAAUGGUUUGACCACCCCAUAACAGGAACAGACGAAAAUGCACGUGGGGUCUGGCAUGGACAACAACAAAACGAAAGUGAUGGGAAGGUAUCCGGGUAGUGAUGUAACCUGAGCUGGGAACCCCUGAGGGAGGACCAUUCGGUGUGGCAGCAGCAGAAAUUGAGGAGCAGCAGAGCAGGGUGACAGGAGAUGAAAGGGCGGGUUGUGGGAAGUCUUGUUGGUUCUGAGGGAGGCCUUCGGUUUGGCUCUGAGUGAAGUGGGAGCCGUAGAGAAUUCUAAACAAAGGAGGGACUCGCCUAGAUUCAGACCUCCACAGGUACCCUGUGACUACUGGAGUUCAAGGGGAAACGCUGGAAGACACAGGGAUAAAGGGGAGGCUCCAAAUAUUCUCAAAAGCAGGUGAAGUCUGAAUAGAGUGCGCUAAGGGCUGGCAGAAGGAGUGGCUGGCUACAGAGUGAGGCAGAGCCGUGGGAAGGCAGGACCGUAAGCCUAGGUCCAAAAAUUUGGCUCUGGAGACUUUGCCAGAUAUCAGCUACCAAACUUCCAGAGUGUGGACAGGCUCUUUAUACAAACUACAACCACAAUAAAAACAAUUCAAGCGGCUGUCCGUACUGUGAUCUUUCAGAAUAAAUGCACCCAUCUAUUUAUUUAUUUUUUAAA